AUGAGCCAGAUUUUGUUCCAGCAGCUCGUCCCGUUGCAGGUGAAAUGCAGAGACUGCGAGGAGAGGAGAGUGAGUAUUAGACUGAGCAUUGAACUACAAUCAGUUUCUAACCCUGUUCACAGAAAGGAUUUAGUUAUCCGUCUGACUGAUGAUGCGGAUCCAUUUUUUCUGUAUAACCUUGUUAUUUCAGAGGAAGAUUUUCAAAGUUUAAAAUUCCAGCAAGGUCUUCUGGUAGACUUCUUAGCUUUCCCACAAAAAUUCAUAGAUCUCCUUCAGCAGUGUACUCAAGAAUAUGCGAAAGAAAUUCCAAGGUUUUUGCUGCAGUUAGUUUCAACAGAAGCUAUUUUGGAUAACUCACCUGCUCUUUUAAAUGUGGUAGAGACAAAUCCUUUUAAGCAUCUGACACACCUCUCACUAAAACUUUUACCUGGAAAUGAUGUGGAAAUAAAGAAAUUUCUAGCAGACUGUUUGAAAUGUAGUAAGGAAGAAAAAUUAUCAUUAACGCAAUCAUUGGAUGAUGUUACCAGGCAACUGAAUUUCACCCAAAAGACAUUAUCAGAAAAGAUCCAAGAAUUAGAUAAGUUACGGAAUGAAUGGGCAUCGCACACAGCAACAUUGUCAAAUAAGCAUUCUCAGGAACUGACGAAUGAGAAGGAAAAAGCUUUGCAGGCCCAGGUUCAAUACCAACAGCAACAUGAACAACAGAAAAAAGAUUUAGAAAUCCUUCAUCAACGGAACAUCCAGCAGCUACAGAACAGAUUGUCUGAGUUAGAAACAGCUAAUAAAGACCUCACUGAAAGGAAAUAUAAAGGAGACUCCACCAUCAGAGAACUUAAAGCAAAGCUGUCUGGUGUUGAAGAGGAGCUCCAGCGGGCUAAGCAAGAAGUCCUCUCUUUGAGAAGAGAAAAUUCUACUCUUGAUGCUGAAUGCCAUGAAAAAGAAAAGCAUAUUAAUCAGCUACAAACAAAAGUGGCUGUUUUAGAACAGGAAAUCAAGGAUAAGGACCAGCUUGUUUUAAGAACAAAAGAAGCGUUUGAUACAAUCCAGGAACAAAAGGUGGCUCUGGAAGAAAAUGGUGAGAAAAAUCAGGUACAACUAGGAAAACUUGAAGCUACAAUAAAAUCAUUAUCAGCUGAACUUCUUAAGGCAAAUGAAAUCAUCAAAAAACUGCAAGGGGAUCUGAAGACUUUAAUGGGUAAGUUGAAAUUGAAGAAUACAGUAACUAUUCAGCAGGAGAAACUCUUGGCUGAGAAGGAAGAAAAAUUACAAAAGGAACAAAAAGAAUUACAAGAUGUUGGACAGUCUCUCCGAAUUAAAGAACAAGAGGUAUGCAAAUUACAAGAACAAUUAGAAGCUACAGUUCAAAAACUUGAAGAAAGCAAACAACUUCUAAAAAAUAAUGAAAAGUUAAUCACGUGGUUAAAUAAAGAAUUAAAUGAAAAUCAGCUAGUGAGAAAGCACGAUGUAUUGGGACCUUCUACAACUCCACCUGUACAUUCCGGUAGCAACACCAUCAGAAGUGGAAUUUCUCCUACCUCUAAUGUGGUUGAGGGUAGACUGACUUACCCAGCUUGUGGGAUUGGUUAUCCUGUCUCCUCUGCGUUUGCAUUCCAGAAUACCUUUUCUCAUCCUAUAUCUGCCAAAAAUACCAUCCACCCAGUUUCAGGACCAAAGGUUCAGUUUAACUUGCAGUUUACAAAACCAAAUCCAUCACUAGGAGAUGUUCAGUCAGGAACAACUGUUAGUAUGCCCUGCUCAACUGACAAGGAAAAUGGUGAAAAUUUAGGACUGGAAUCCAAAUAUCUGAAGAAAAGGGAAGAUAGCAUUCCUUUGCGUGGACUCAGCCAAAAUCUAUUUAAUAAUCCAGACCAUCAGAAAGAUGGCACUUUAGGAGCAUUACAGACAUCUUCAAAACCCACAGUGCUCCCUUCUACAUCUUCAGCUUAUUUUCCUGGGCAGCUACCGAACAGUUAA